AAGGAAGGAAGGAAGGAAGGAAGGAAGGGGCUCUCCUCUGCCCUCCAGCCGGGCUACCUGUUGGAGAAGCGCCUGGGAAGGCGGGGGAGACUAGCUCCUCUCCCCGAAAGCCCCCUCCACCCUCCUCCUCCUCCUCCUCCUCCUCUCUUUGAACUUCACAACUCUUAUUGUUACUACUCCUACUCCUACUCCUACUGGGGUUCUUCCUGCCGGCCUCCUCCUUCCUGGGCGCUGGGAUGACCCUGUCGGGCAACCUGGGCGCCAGCGAGAUGUCCGGCCCGACGGUGCUGACGGCCGAGGAUGUGGACAUCGACGUGGUGGGCGAGGGCGACGACGCCUCCCUGGAUGAGAGGGACGCCGGGGGAGGAGGCGGAGAGCCCGACGCCCCCGCCAGCGCCAGCCCCGGGGCCCUGUCCGGCGUUGCGGCGGGGCUGCUACCCUCCCAGCUCUCCUGCCUGGACGAGGCCCCCGUGGAAGGGGAGAGGGCCGGCGGCGAGGAGGGCUCCGGGAUGGCGGCGGGCGCCCCGUCGGGGCCCGGCUCUGCCUCAGCCGCGGCGGCCUCGGCCUCGUCUUCCGUUGCUGCUGCUGCCUCCAGCGGCGGGAAGCCCAAGAGCAGCCUGGUGAAGCCGCCCUACUCCUACAUCGCCCUGAUCACCAUGGCCAUCCUGCAGAGCCCCCAGAAGAAGCUCACCCUGAGCGGCAUCUGCGAGUUCAUCAGCAACCGCUUCCCCUACUACCGGGAGAAGUUCCCCGCCUGGCAGAACUCCAUCCGCCACAACCUCUCGCUCAACGACUGCUUCGUCAAGAUCCCCCGGGAGCCCGGCAACCCGGGCAAGGGCAACUACUGGACCCUGGACCCGCAGUCCGAGGACAUGUUCGACAACGGCUCCUUCCUCCGCCGCAGGAAGCGCUUCAAGCGGCACCAGCAGGAGCAGCUCCGCGAGCAGACGGCGCUCAUGAUGCACAGCUUCGGCGCCUACAGCCUCGCCGCCGCCGCCGCUGCCGCCGCCUCGGCCGCCGGGGGCCCCUACGGAAGGGCCUAUGGGCUGCCCCACGGGGCCUACCCGCACCCGGCCGCCGCCCUCCAGUACCCCUACAUCCCCCCCGUCGGGCCCAUGCUCCCUCCGGCGGUGCCCCUGCUGCCCUCCAGCGAGCUCACCCGCAAAGCCUUCAACUCCCAGCUCAGCCCCAGCCUCCAGCUCCAGCUCAGCAGCCUCGGAGGCGGAGGCGGCGGAGGCGGUGGAGGGGGACCGGGCCCCGUCAAGGCCGAGCCCCCCGCCAACCGCCCUUCCUUCACCAUCGAGAACAUCAUCGGCGGCGUCGGGGUCGGAGGCACCGCUGCCAUCGCUGCCGCCGCAGCCGCAGCCGCCGCUGCCGCCUCGUCCAGUUCCUCCUCGGUGUCCAGCGGGCAGACUUUCCUGCGUCCCCCGCCGGUGACGGUGCAGUCGGGGCUGCUGGCCCACCCGCCCCUCUCGCUGGCCCGCAGCACGGCCGCCAUCGCCCCCAUCCUCAGCGUGCCCUCCAACAUGCUCUCCGGACAGUUCCUGCAGCCUGCCGCUGCCGCCGCCGCCGCGGGACAAGGCAAGUGGCCGGCCCAGUAGGCGCAGGGCCGCACCGUCCAGGCACACGCUCCCCCCUCCGCUCCAGGAAAGGAGCACCACGCUUCUUGGGCCCCAGAGACUCCGACGCCAAGCCGCCCGGCCGCUCGGCUCCAACCUUUGGCUCAAAGGUUUCCACCGGUCGCCAGCCCCCUUUUCUUGGGGCCAGGACGGAUCCCAAUGGACCGGGGUUUCGGGAUCCACUUUCCACUCUCCAAAUCCACUCUCAGCUCCACACACACACACACACAGAGCGCUUUACUUUGGUUUCUCCGACGGUCGCUCAUUUCCACCAGUCUCGAGCCCUCUCUUUCCUGGGGCUCUUCAAGGCCGGAUCCCACUGAAUCUAGGUUUCUGAAGCCCCAAAUCCACUCUCACGAUCUCUCCCCCACACAUGCACUUCGGCCUUCCCGACAGUCACCCAAAUGUUUCCACCAGUGGCCAGCCCCCUCUCUUUUGAGGGGCUCCAAAAAGAUCCAUAUCCCAAUAGAUAGUCCAAAAUCCACCCUCACAGACUCACCUACAAAGCCACCCACAAGCACAUACACCCACGCGGCCGCCUUUCGGCUUCUCCGACAGUCGCCCAUUUCCCCCAGUCGCUAGCCCUCUCCUUCUUGAGGCUUCUCAAGGAGGAUCCCGAAGGACUGGGGUCCCUGAAGCCCCAAAGCCACCCUCCCAGGCCCACCUACAUAUACAGACCCACAAGGGAUGCUCUCUGUCUCUGUACAGCAGGUAAACCCAAUGCUCAGCCCUGGGGCCGCAUAAAGGUUCCUAUUUGGGUCGGAGAGGGAGAAGGGAAAAGGACGGACUUUCUUUCCCACCUUUUUUUUUUUAAAAAAAACUGUCCACAUUUGGAGGAAAAAAGAAAGAAAGAAGGAAAGAAAGAAAGAGGGAAAAUUAUCUUUCCUCAAAGCCCCAGAAUAUAAGAGGGCCAGGUUUAGUGAACCCCGAACUUUCACUUUUGCUGAAGGUUCUUAAUCUCUUAGGUCAUUUUGCUCCAAACACAUUUUUUUCCAAUAACAAUAACAUCAACAACCGAAAGAUGUAAAAUAGAUGGGGCAAUUGGUCAAAAAAGAAGGAUGAGGGGAGAAGGGAGGACAAUAUCCCCGCCGUUCUAUUAUAAGAAGUCUGUUUAUAUAUGAAUGAAUAUAUGUGUCCUAAAUGUUAUU